UCGGCUCGCUUGAGGUGGGGGGAGGAUGAGGCUCACUCAAGCGUUUUGUCAACUGAACGAGUGUCGUCAACAGUCGUUUGUUGAAUCCAGUGCGGAUGUAUGGAGGUCCUCGUCGGAGGCUUGUAUUUGUCGAACCCGCUGGAAUGAAAACUACUCCGAGUGAAAAACCGUGGGACGGGUCGGCUCUGCACAACAGGAUGUAAACAAACCGCACGGCAGAAUGACGAAAAGAACAAAAGAGACGUGUUAUUAUCUACUAACUAGGAGCUAAACCGGCUAACGUUAGCUGACGACUUAACUUGGACUUCCCCACGGACUUACCAAGCUUCCCUGUCUACUAAUUGACUGGCUGACUAGACUUCUCGGUGGCCAUGGCGGCGGUGGUUAGCUACUCUCCACCGUGGUGGGUCAACCUACUGCACCGGCUUCCCCAUUUCAACUUCAGAUUCGAGCAAACCAGCAGCGACUUCCAGCCAGAGGACUGGACGUAUCAACAGUCCAUCCUGAUACUGGGAGGUGUGGCGCUGGCCUGUCUGGCCCUGGACCUCCUCUUCCUACUCUUCUACUCCAUUUGGCUGUGCUGCCGGAGCAACAAAAACGAAGAGCAGUCGUCGGCCGACUGCUGCUGCACUGCCUGGUGUGUCAUCAUCGCCACACUUGUGUGCAGCGCUGGCAUUGCUGUCGGUUUCUAUGGGAACGGCGAGACUUGUGAUGGAGUGAACCGGCUGACGUAUUCCCUGCGCCACGCAAACCGCACAGUUACUGGUGUGCAGAAGCUGGUUUCCAACGGCACGUCGUUGCUGAACCAGACGGUAGAUGACAAGCUGCAGCAGCUCGAGGGUCAGUACGCACAACAUGCAGACUCCCUGUCCAUCAUCCAAAAGCUGCAGGGCCAGCUGGACGAGCUGGUCAGACAGAUGGUGGAGAUUCCCUUCUGGGACAACACCGACAUCUCCCUGGAGGAGCUGGCUGUCAGGAUAGAGCUGUAUGACUGGUACAGGUGGCUGGGCUACCUCGGUCUGCUGUUGUACGAUGUCCUCAUUUGUCUGCUGGUGCUGUUUGGCCUCAUUCGCAACUCCAAGGGGACCCUAAUUGGGGUGUGUUUGUUUGGUGUGGUGGCUCUGGUGAUCAGUUGGGCCUCGCUGGGUCUGGAGUUGGCCGCCUCUGUGACCGCCAGUGACUUUUGCGUGGCUCCCAACAUAUACGUCACCCAAGUGGCAGACCAGUAUGGAGUCAUCAAUCAAGACAUCCUCAAAUACUACCUGAGUUGCAGUUUGGACCAAACCAACCCCUUCCAGCAGAAGCUUUCCGGGAGCCACAAAGCACUCGUUGAGAUGCAAGACGACGUACUGGAGCUGCUGCGAUCGGCCACCAGGGAAUACAGACAAGCCCAGGGAAGUUUGGAGGAGAUCCAGGGGAUACUGAACACCACAGAGAUUAGCCUUCAUCAGCUUACUGCCCUGGUGGACUGCCGCAGCCUGCACUUGGACUACGUCCAGGCCGUGACGGGGCUGUGCUACGAUGGGCUUGAGGGCCUCAUCUACCUGGUUCUCUUCUCCUUUGUGACGGCCCUCAUGUUCAGCUCCAUUGUCUGCAGCGUGCCUCACACCUGGCACAGCAAGCGGGCGGACGAGGAUAGCGACGAUGGCUCAUUGGGUCGCGGCGGGACGCAUAACCACGACAACUUGUACCGUGUGCACAUGCCCAGCCUCUACAGCUGUGGCAGCAGCUACGGCAGCGAGGCGUCCAUCCCAGCCGCUGCACACACAGUCAGCAACGCCCCUGUCACGGAAUACAUGGCCCAGAAUGCCAACUUCCCCAACUCCCGCUGCGAGAACACACCCCUGAUUGGACGAGAGUCUCCUCCCCCCUCGUUGUAUUUGACUCCCGCCCACACUAACAGCGGCCACAGCUGGCAGUUAAAGCCUUCGGAGAGCUCGAGGUCGUUUUGGUAACCUUCUGGUCUGCUAUGCUAACAGUACACCUCCAGCAUGCGGGCAAAGUACCUCGCUAACAGCCGACCGGAGCCCCCAAACAUCCCGCCAUCAUCAAACUAGCCGGAACUGGACCUCCAAUGGCUGUCACACUUUUUUAAAAGUCACUUUGCCUUCUUCUCUCUGUCGUCGUUACUCUCCCAGCAUCUUUGGAUCACUCUUGCUUCACUGUUCCCCUUUUUCUGGCAACUUUAUGCAGAAUCACUCCUCUUACUGGAUGUGUACUUAGUGUACAUGAUAUCAUAUUGCUUUGAUACGUUGUCUUAUUUCUGGUGUUUGGGACCAGUCAUCCUGCACAACUUGCAUGUUUUUACAAGUCUGAAAUGGAGUGAUUUUGGGUUGGGAGGUUUUUUCGGACAUUUCCUGUGGCGCUGACCAGCCACAAAGCUGUGAAUUGGGAGGAUCUGACGGGCUGCAUUGCAAAGAAACAAAGCAGCACAUGAGAGGAAGGAUGAAGGUGUAAAUCAAAGGAGGGAAUCAACCAUGAAAACUUGAGACUUUUCCAAACUACUGGACAGCGGAACUUUUUUUUACAGUAUCCAGACUUUCCAUUUCAUUAUUAUUUGCCUUGCCGUCUUCAAACCUGCUCACCACAAUGAACACAAAUCUGCUCAGCAACAGCAAAGGCGGCUACAACAACGCAGCAGCAGAAAAGACACUUAUGUGAAAUCCGCAUUUAUUUUUUCUUUUUUGUUGUUGUGGUAGAGUUUCAAAGCUUUUGCGUUGGUAAUGGCAGCGUCUCACAAAUGUGUUUUAGCAUUUCUAACAAAUAGAUGACUACGAGAUGUUUACGCGAGGGUGCAGAUGGUGCCAAUCAAAACCUUUUUUUUAAAUGUCUUAAACGAGCCUGAUUUUUUUUUUUCUGUAUGUUUUAUGUUUUUGUAAAAAUUAGACUGUUUUUUUUUUUUCGUUGGCCGUCUUUUCUUUGUGUGUCAUUGUUGAAUUAUUGAGUUAGGACAAACUUAAUUUUUCUUUUAAAUUUGACUGAUUUUCUUGCUUUUUGUAUUUGAUUUUAAGCAAGCACCAAAUGUUGCUUCUUUAUUAAUGUGAAUAAUAUUUGUUUUUAUUUUUAAUCAGGUUUUAUACAGUUAUGUGAUCUCAAAGUUGUAAAAAAAAAACUGUGGUUAUGAGCUUGAAUGGUGUGUUUUCAAAAUUAAACCAAUUUUAACUGUA